AUGCCCGAUAAGUCGGUUACGGUGGUGUCGUACGCCGCCGGGGCGUCCCUCGCCGCCGCAGCCCUCAUCUACGUCUUUGGGCCCACGUUUGCCAUUGACCACGACGGCGCCAGCACCAAGAAGAAGACGAUUGUCGGCCUGCGCAACCAGGCCAAUGACUGCUUCAUCAACUCGGUCCUCCAGGCCCUCGCCGGUCUCGGCGACCUGCGCAUCUAUCUCAUCCGCGAGACGCAUCGCCGAAGCAUCGAGGACCCGGCUGUCUACGCCAACCUGGUCCAGCCGAGCCUCUCGGACGAGGAUGGCAGUGGCGGCGGCGAGAUGCCCCUGUGGAAAAUCCAGGGCCUUCAAGAUGGUCUCGUCACACACGGGCUCAAGGACAUGAUUGACCAUCUCAACGAGCGGCCCAUUGCGAAAAAGGCCAUCUCGCCGUUCCCCUUUGUGCGCGUCCUCGAGGUCGCCUUCAAACAGCGCAUCAGCAGACAGCAACAAGAUGCUCAAGAGUUCUUGCAAAUCGUCGCUGAGCGCUUAAAAGACGAGUACCACGCUGGCCAGAGAGCCCGGUUACACGCCCGAGCAGCUGUCAACGGUAGUGGCAGCAACUCGACGACCAAUUCCAUCCCCGAGCAAAGCGACAGCGAAAAGGAUGAGAAACAGGCCGCGACAAGCGGCACCCCUGACGGCAUUGCCGCAUCGUCCACAAACGGAACAAACUCGCAGUCAAAUUCAGACACUGAUAGCUUGCUACCCAGUACAGCCUCGCCGCAAUCGACGCGGCCGCUUCCCAUAGAGCUGGAAGAUGGCUUCCCCAUGGAGGGCAAAUACGAAUCUCACCUCGAGUGCCAAACCUGCGGCUACAAGACGAAGCCGCGCGAGGAGACCUUUUGCACAAUAACCCUGGCUGUGCCACAGGUCAUGUCCACGUCUCUUGGCUCCUGCUUUGAUGGCAUCUUUAAGACGGAAUACAUUGACGAUUUCAAGUGCGAAAUGUGCCGUCUUGUGCAGACUGUGGCCAACCUCGAGCAUGAAGUUUCGCGCUCGACGUCCGAGUCGUUCAAAGCCAACGCACUUGAUAGCAUCGCCAAGCUCAACCAGGCCAUCCGGACGGACCCAGAACAGCCACCCGAAGGCGUUGACCUCGGAGACAUGCGUUAUGCGCCCAAGCGUCGCAUUUCCAAGACGACGCGCAUGACUAUUUUCCCCAAGAUACUUGCCAUCCACCUGUCCCGCUCCAUCUACGGCGUUGGCCAGAUGACGCAGAAGAACUCGGCCAAGGUCGCCUUCCCCGAGCAGCUGCCCCUUGGCGGGCUGGCCGAGCAGCGCCGGUAUAAGCUCCUCGGCAUGGUCACGCACCGCGGCGGUCAUAACAGCGGCCACUACGAGGCGUUUCGGCGGCAAAAUGUCCCGCCGCACUUUCCCAACCAAAAUACCUUUAUGCAAUCUGAAGUUUACAGCAAGACGCCCACGCCGCUGUCAACACCCCUCAUCCACGCCAAAAACGCAGACAGCCCCGCCAUCUCGACGCCCGAUCUCCUCUCGCCCGCCUCCACCAACGGGUCCUCGACACCCUCGCUGGACUCGGUCCCCGUGCCGGCCCCGCGCAGCGUGCCCACCGCAGCGGAGCCGGAGGGGAGCAGCCCCAGCCCCAGCAUCAGCGGCCGUGACCGCGACACCGACUCUAGCAGCCUGCGCUCUGUCGCCGCGUCCACCAAGUCGGCACUGUCACGCCUCACCUCGGGGAGCAUCAAGCGCGCCAAGCCCAAGAGGGCCAAGCAGCACCUCGAUCGUUGGUGGCGGGUAAGCGACGAAAAGGUUCGCGAAGCCAAGACGAGUGAGGUUCUGAGUAUGCAGAAGGAGGUGUAUCUUUUGUUUUACGAAUUGGAAAAGUAA